AUGGAGCUGGUGGUGAAAUUAUCUGGGCAUCAACACCACCAACUGGAAGGUGCCCGUUGCAGUACAAAUCUCGUUUUUCAUUCCUCAACGUUGUGUUCCACCUCUCUAUAUUGGUUCAUUUUAUAUUUUUCUACUCCACACGACUGUUUGUGGCUCUUUGCUGCCUUUUUGCCUGCGACACACUUCGUAGGACAGUGCAGUCGUUCUAUGUAA